GUUCUCUGCACGGAAGAACUUGAAACUUGUGUACUACACGUGAGUUACUUCACAACUGACCCGGUUUUAUCGUGUUCUGCUUUUAACGUGAAUUUCCCAUGGAAAAGCUAGUGGUCGAAAGCUUUUUGUUUGGCUGUGAAUUGACAUCAAAAACCAAAUUUUACACUUUCCAAGUGGAUGAAGAGGAUGAUUGUAUACAUAGUCUGUCCAUGAACACUAUCAGCCUAGGUGACAGUGCCAAAGAUGAGUAUAACGUUGUAGAAGUAAUAGCACAUAAUCGUGAAGAAGAGGAAGUUACUGCACAAGUAGCUAAUCUAAAGCUUUCAUGUCAACCAAUGGUGGAUGUGGACUGUUUUACGCUGCACCCCCCAGUGAUGUUUCGUUUGAAAUCCGGCUCUGGUCCUGUUCUAAUUGCGGGUCAACAUUUAAUUACCCGCAAUGCUGAUGAAGAUCUUUCAGAUUCCGAAACUAAAGAGUCAUCCACUGAGGAUGAGGAGGAAGAGGAAGAAACGUUUACUCCUAUCAAACCUGCAAACAAGAAGCUGAGAGUGAUUUAGCAUCAUCUUCGGCUGCCUAGGAAUGUGCUUAUCACUUACUUGGUUACCUGUGUUUAAAAGAUGCACAAAUGAUGCAGCUAUUGAAAUGCCAAAGAAAACUGCUGUUCAGCAGUAGAAAAUAUUGUGAUGUGGCACUUUAAACAGACAAGUCAGCUGCAAUGCUUUAACAUAGUGCUGCAGUUUGAGGAACUCUAGUUUACAGUUAAAAUAUGUUUUCCACAUUUCAUAUGUUCAUUGUAAAAAGACAUAUUCUGUAUAUUUUAUUGCAAAAUGUUUAAUAUUGUAGUAUUUAAUAAACAACACGUUUCACAUUUAAUUCAAAA